GGAAGAGAGAGUGAGUGACGGACGACCAGGUCGACAUCAUACCUCGCUUUUCCUUCGGAUCUCUUCCAUCCUCCAUUCUCCAUCCUCCCUCCUCCUACUCCCCUCUUCUUCCGCUUUCUCCCUUUCUGACCCCUCUCGGCAUCAUCGCCCUAGGUGAAAUGCGAUCGACUCCCGUGCCAGUCGCCUACCUCUCACCACCUGGAGCUUAGUAGCUCAUGUGCCGUCUACUACCUCUCUCCCCGUGGUCUCUCACAACCCCCAAGUCGGAAAGCGAUCCAGUCGUCCCGCCAUGGCUCCCUCGCAACGGUUCUCCCGUCAGCAAUCAUCAAGGCUGUCUCGGCCAAUCCGCUCAAGUCGCACUCACAUCCAAUCCUACCAUGAAGACAGCAGCAGCUCGGAAGGACGCCUGGAUGAAGACACCCAGUCUGACGAGGAGCGAUCGAGACGCCUGUCGCUCUCGUUGCGCCCCCGCAAUUCAGGCCGCAUGCCCACAUCGUACCGUGAGGAAUCCACUGACGAUGACUUUGAUCCUACCAAUGAUGAUCUGGAGGCGGUAGUCCCCAGCGAAGCCCCUAGCCACUUUACUUACCCGUUUCCUGAGGCGAACAGUCGCACCGCGCCAUCGCGAGCCCCACGUAAUCGAACCGUGAAAACACGAUCACAGACAAAGAAAUCUGAAAAGCGCAUAGGUCGAAAGCGUAUGGAGCUAGGCCGACCGCUCAACAAACGUAGAAAGUUGGAGGAGGACAACACGCCCUUUGCUGGUUCUGGUGUUAUCCCGUCAUGGCAAACCCUUCCUUAUCACAUACUCCUCGACAUAUUCAUUCGAGCUUCGAGUCCCUUGAUCGAUGAGCAGACUGCUACCAGACAUAGCUCUGUCCAGUGGCUUGUGAAUGUGGCCUUUCUGUGCCGUGCUUUUUACGAGCCUGCAUUGAUGGCCCUUUAUCAUUGUCCUCCCUUGAUACCAGCUGCCAAGUCUCAUGGUUUGCUACAAUUAUUGGCCAAGCCCCAGGAAUCCCUCUCCACUAACUAUAUGAGCAAGAUCAAGGAAUUACAUGUCGACGUGGAGAAUCUUCUGUUCUACAAAAGCGGACCGACUUUGGGGUAUUUUGAAUUGUCAAGGCUGAUUGAACGAACCCCUCAGGUGAAAACGCUGCGUCUCUACCACAAAGAUGACUACAUCAUGGGUGUGCCUCCUUGGUUAAAGCCACGUUCAAAAUGGGUGUAUCCCGAUUCCCUCUUCUCUUCACUCGAGUCUAAUUCAAUACACCUCCGCUGUUGGCAGUGGAACAGUCGCUUCAUGGAGACUAGGAAGCUUCUGCCUCUGAUGUUAGAAAAGCACCUACAGCCUGCUUUUCGCGGGAUUAAUGAGCUUCAAUUGUUCCACAUAACAUCGGAAGAUGUGGAGUCUGACGAAUUGGCGGAUUGUUCUGACGAAAACGAAGUUGUUCUUGCGACAGCUCUUCAGGAGCUCCCAGACCUACACAGCUUGGAGUUCGUGGAAUGCUCGAUCGUCAACGAGUAUCUCUUACCGAAUUUACCCACGCGACUCACUUCGCUUACCCUCAACAACUGUGAUGAGGUGACUGCGGUGAAUCUGAGCUCGUUCCUUUCUUCGCACGGUCAUCAUCUCAGGGCUUUGGAUCUAAGCCAUAACCGCCACUUGAGCUUGUCUUUCAUCGUCAGUCUGGCAAAGUCAUGCCAAAAUCUUGAAAGGUUCAGGAUGGACAUAUCUAUGCACGAUGGUUCUAGCUAUCAUGAUGUGGAGCCUCACUUCCAGGAUCUUCUUGACCCAUCGGCAGGUGUUCCAACUUGGCCAUCCACGCUGCAAGAGAUUGAAUUGAUUCAGUUGCGCAAAUGGGAUGACACUACGGCGGAAGUUUUCUUUGGGUCCCUUAUCGAUGCGGCUCCCGAUUUACGGAACUUGCGGCGACUUGUGAUCAGUGCGAUCCUCAAAAUCGGAUGGCGUGAUCGUGCGACCUUUCGAGGGAGAUGGAUCGAAAAGCUGAAUAACACCUUUUUGCGACGAAGCAGCCCCCCGAACCCAGAUCUUCGUUCCAUUCCGCGCACCUUGUCGCAAACCGAUUCAUCCCAUCAGGUUCAAAAUCCACCUUCCGACGAGAAUCAUACACAUUCCGAUGCUCAACAUAGCGGCCUUUCGACACCAUCAAAACGGAAGAGUGCACGCCUUGCCCAAAGGAAAAUCUCUGAGAUCGAGGAUGAUGAAGCAAUGGAUGCAGUGAAGCGAGGAUCUCAGGAGGCUAGCGAUCGACUGUUGAAUGCGAUGCAAGGCAUGUGUGAUGUUGUAAUGGUCAGGAUUGACAACCAACGCCCGUCAGAGAAACAGUUCCAGGAGGAAGACUUCCUUGAUGAUGAGCUAAGUGGCGAUGAAGAUUGGAAUGGGGCUGAUGGAGGACAUGCAUGAUAGUCUAUCUCGAGGCAUGCCUUCUCCUCACUUACCACUGUUCUUUACUUUCUCUACUUUUGCUAGCCCACCAGGGCGUGAUGUUGUUCUCUUAUACUUGCUACCUUGAUUUCACAUGAUACACUCCGGGUAGAAUGGAGUAUUUGCGUCAGGGAUGUUCGGGAUUGCCAGGGUGGGAGGAGUUAUCUGUAUUGUGAAUCGUGGGCUUGCUGCGUUAGCUGUUACCUCAGUCCUAGACAGGACCCUUAAUUACUUCCUAUUUCACAUGAG